AUGGAUGUAGAAUUUGUUGGAGGAAUGUAGGAAUUCCUAGAAGAUAGAAUCAUAUACUCUAUUGCCAGAGUUUUAGAUGAAAUCGUUAGAGAAACUGACAUAAUUGAGAGUCCUUAACAAACUGUAUUUCAUACAAACAAAAAACCUUCAAUAAGUCUGGCUAAGUACUUGGAGCGUAUUUAAAUGUACUCCUAUUGCAGCAAUGAAUGCUUCAUCUUGGCAUUAAUUUACAUAGACAGGAUCCAAGAAAAGAACCAAGAUGUAGUUAUCAAUAGUUUUUGUGUUCAUAGAUUUAUGCUAGCCUGCAUCAUUCUUAGCAUCAAAUAUAAUGAUGACGAUUACUACAAGAAUGACUACUAUGCCAGAGUUGGAGGAAUCACAAUCACCGAGUUAAACAAAUUAGAAGAAGAACUGCUAAUAAUGCUCGAUUACGAGCUGUAUGUUAGUUAAAAACAAUACUACUUUUACAAGGAUAAAUUGAUGAGAUACGCAGAACUAUGA